AUGUUUCUUGCACAUCAACUGCGCAAUACGGGGCACAUGUCCGUCUAUGCAGCGGAAUGUGGCUUUCCGGUACACCGACAGCGGUACCUUCGAACAGCUCUAACAUCGCAACACGUCUGCGCAUAUCUCACUACACUUUCAUUCAGACGUGCAACUUACCGACUAUCUUCUACUCCUAAUUUGCUUCAUCACACUAUUGUUAACAGUGUGAUAAAAAUCGCAGACGUUCGUCGUCGCUCCUUAUGGGAACCUGAAAGAUGUCUUGCAACAACUUCUUCCAUGCGAACAUGCUCGUCCACAAUAACACCAACGGGUACGGAUGCGGGUGUGGUCAAGAACGAUAAGGGUACCUCUAGACUCUUGUCAAAUAUCAAGGAAUUGGUACAAACUUUUAACAAAAGAGCUAGAGUUCAACUCCUGAUAACUUACAAAACAAUCGAGGAAACAUCACCCAGGGACAACAAGAAUGAGCAUGAGCAUGUAGAG